GAGACAGCAACAGAAUAGGAUAUGAUAGAGAGAGACACCAGACAAGACACAGAGACAGCAACAGAAUAGGAUAUGAUGGAGAGAGACAGACAAGACACAGAGACAGCAACAGAUGACACAGAGAAAGUAAUGGAGAGAGACAGAAGAAUAGAGUUCCAGACAGUUGUAGAAUGUAUGCCAAGACACAUUGUAAGAGCUAUAAAGAGAGAGGGAGAGAGAACAGGCAGAACCUGAUAUGUAAAUGAGCAGAGCAAAUGAAAGUAACUUUUGACGACCCGAUGAUCAUUCAGACUCUGUUUCUAUUGAGAGAUAAAAGGCUGGUUGAAUGAGUUGUCUAUGAAAGCUACUUCAUCUGCAAGAAAACAGGCAUCUGCACCAGUGACUGGGUCAGUGCUCUAAAAUGAGUCUCUCUGGGGAGAGAAAGGAGGGGGGCCCUGCCUCGAAAAUGAGUGUCUCUGGGGAGAGAAGGGAGGGGGUCCCUGACUCUAAAAUGCAUCUCUCUGGGGACCAUGACACCAAAGCUAAGAGUCCAAUCCAGCAGGAGAGACCAGCCUCCCCUGUUCCCAGCUGUGUGUCCAUGAAGAGUGACCAGUCUAUGAUGCAACCUAUGGAGUUUAGAGAGGGAGACUUUUCUACUGAACAAAGACCAAUCCAGCAGGAGAGACCAGCCUCCCCUGUUCCCAGCUGUGUGUCCAUGAAGAGUGACCGGUCUAUGGAUCAUCCUAUAGAGUUCAGAGAGGGAGACUUUUGUACUGAACAAAGAAACCAACAGGAGAGAUCAGAGUCAGAGAUUCUCAGUGGUCAGUCUUCCCGGAGUCAUCAAACAGACCUGGCCUCCAUAUUCAGUUUGCUUGAAGAGAAAAUGAUGACAUUUAUGAAGAACGAGCUGAAGAUGUUCAAGAGGAUUCUUAGUCCAGAACUCCCAGAAGGCUUUGAGAGUCAGAAGCAGGAUAAGGAAGUGGUGGAUGCUGAAGAUGAGAAGCAGGAGAGCAGUGCCAGAGAGGGGGCUCUGAAGAUCACACUGCACAUCCUGAGGAAAAUGAACCAGAAGGAGCUUGCUGACACACUGGAGAAAUGUAAGAUCUAUGAGUUUGCUGUGAUUUGCCAACGUGAACUCAAAUCUAAUCUAAAGAAGAAGUUUCAAUGUGUAUUUGAGGGGAUCGCUAAACAAGGAAACCCAACACUUCUCAAUAAGAUCUACACAGAGCUCUACAUCACAGAGGGUGGAACAGGAGAGGUCAAUAAUGAACAUGAGCUGAGACAGAUUGAGACAACAACCAGGAAACAAGCAAGACCAGAGACUGCAAUCAAAUGUAACGACAUCUUCAAACCCUUAACUGGACAAGACAAACCUAUCAGAACUGUGCUGACAAAGGGAGUCGCUGGCAUUGGAAAAACAGUCUCUGUGCAGAAGUUCAUUCUGGACUGGGCUGAAGGCAAAGCAAAUCAGGAUGUCCAAUUUGUAUUUUCAUUCCCUUUUCGGGAGCUGAAUUUGAUGAAAGAGGACAAACACACUUUCAUUGAACUUCUUAAUCACUUCUCAAUGGAAACCAAACAAUCAGGAAUCUCCAACUACGACAAGUACAAAGUUCUGUUCAUCUUUGAUGGUCUGGAUGAGUGCCGACUGCCCCUAGACUUCCAGAAGAACAAGAUCUGUUGGGACGUCACAGAGUCAACCUCAGUGGAUGUUCUGCUGACAAAUCUCAUCAAGGGAAAUCUGCUUCCCUCUGCUCUCCUCUGGAUAACUACCCGACCUGCAGCAGCCAAUAAGAUCCCUUCAGGAUGUGUUGACCAGGUGACAGAGGUACGAGGGUUCAAUGACCCACAGAAGGAGGAGUACUUCAGGAAGAGAUUCAGCGAUGAGGACCUGGCCAGCAGAAUCAUCUCACACAUAAAGACAUCAAGGAACCUCCACAUCAUGUGCCACAUUCCAGUCUUCUGUUGGAUUUCUGCAACAGUCCUUGAACACAUGUUGAGUACAGACAAGAGAGAAGUGAUGCCCAAGACUCUGACUGAGAUGUACACACACCUUGUGGUGUUUCACACCAAACAGAAGAAUGAAAAGUAUCUUGGGGAAGAAGAGACAGGUCCACACUGGAAUAAAGAGAGCAUUCUGUCACUGGGAAAACUGGCUUUUCAACAGCUUGUGAAUGGCAAUCUGAUUUUCUAUGAAGAAGACCUGAAAGAGGCUGGAAUUGAUGUCAAUGAAGCCUCAGUGUACUCAGGAUUGUGCACACAGCUCUUUAAAGAGGAAUGUGGGCUGUACCAGGACAAGGUGUACUGCUUCGUACAUCUGAGCAUUCAGGAGUUUCUGGCUGCUGAAUAUGUGUUCCUCUCAUUCAUCAACAACAAUGAGAAUCUAAUGGACAAACUGCAAACAAAAGACGAGCCUGAAGUUACUGUCUACAAGAGUGCUGUGGAUAAAGCCUUACAAAGUGAGACGGGAAACCUGGACCUUUUCCUCCGCUUCCUUCUGGGCCUCUCACUGGAGUCCAAUCAGAAGCACUUACAAGGUCUACUGACAAAGUCAAGAAGCAGCUCACAGAGCCAUGAAGAAACAGUCAAGUACAUCAAGGAGAAGAUCAGGGAGAAUCUCUCUCCAGAGAGGAGCAUCAAUCUGUUCCACUGUCUGAAUGAACUGAAUGACCAUUCUCUAGUGGAGGAGAUCCAAAGAUACCUGAGAUCAGGAAGUCUCUCUAGAGCCAAACUGUCACCUGGACAGUGGUCAGCUCUGGUCUUUGUGUUGCUGACUUCAGAAAAGGAGCUGGAUGUGUUUGACCUGAAGAAAUACUCCAGAUCAGAGGAAGGUCUUCUGAGGCUGCUGCCAGUGGUCAAAGCCUCCAGAGCUGUUCUGCUGUCAGGCUGUGGAGUCACAGAGGAAGGCUGUGCUUCUCUGGUCUCAGCUCUGAGGUCAAACCCCUCACACCUGAGAGAGCUGGAUCUGAGUAACAAUGACCUGAAGGAUUCAGGAGUGGAGCUGCUCUCUGCUGGACUGGGGGAUCCCCACUGUAAACUGGAGACUCUGAGGCUGUCAGGCUGUCUAGUCACAGAGGAAGGCUGUGCUUAUCUGGUCUCAGCUCUGGAGUCAAACCCCUCACACCUGAGAGAGCUGGACCUGAGAAACAAUGACCUGAAGGAUUCAGGAGUGAAGCUGCUCUCUGCUGGACUGGGGAAUCCCCACUGUAAACUGGAGACUCUGAGGCUGUCAGGCUGUCUAGUCACAGAGGAAGGCUGUGCUUCUCUGGUCUCAGCUCUGAGGUCAAACCCCUCACACCUGAGAGAGAUGGACCUGAGCUACAAUCACCCAGGAGACUCAGGAGUCAGACUGCUCUCUGCUGGACUGGAGGAUCCACACUGCAGACUGGAGAAACUCAAAUGUCUGUGAUCUCACACUGGACCCAAACACAGUAAACAGACGCCUCUCUCUGUCUGAGGAGAACAGAAAGGUGACAUGUAGGAGAGAGGAG